UUUGAACCAGAGGAUAGUUGGCGACACUGAAUAUUAUCGAUUCUAUGACUUUUGUGAAUAGGUUAUUUGAAAAUUUGAAUAUUUGUCAAUUAUAGCUGAAAAAUCAUGGUUCAUUUCAAAAUUCAAAACCAAAGAUUAUAGAGUUAGGAAUUGAAAUACCAAAAGCCUACAUAGAAAUGGAGAGAAUUUUUUUAAAUUGCAAAACUGAAACACAAAUUUCGCUGUGAUGGAUUUAGUUGUGAAUGAACCUCAACAUAAUGUCCAUGAAAAUAAUGAGGAUCAUAAUUAUUUGAUUGGUGUUAUUCUUGCUGUAAGCUCGUCACUUUUCAUUGGAGGUAGCUAUAUACUGAAAAAGUUAUCUCUCUUGAAACUAAGCAAGUCUAACUCAUCGAGAGCUAGUGCUGGGGGUUUUGGUUAUUUGAAAGAUUGGAUAUGGUGGACAGGAUUUCUUUCAAUGGGCAUUGGGGAGUUUUUGAAUUUAAUUGCCUAUGGUUUUGCACCUGCCUCUUUGGUAACUCCGCUUGGAGCUUUAAGUGUUCUAAUAUCAACAGUUUUAGCUACUAAAUAUCUGCAAGAAAGCCUGACGUCUUCUGGUGGGUUGCGUACUAUGUGUUGUUGGCUCAGUUAUCAUCAUACUCAGUGCUCCAAAAGAAGUUGA